GCGACUUGUCGCUAUGAAAGUGCUGAGUGUACCAAUCAUCCGUUAGGUAGCACGAGUGAAGGAAAGAUUAGAAGCUCAACACAAAAAGCUUUUUAUUUUUAAACUUAGACCCGUUUACUUGUGGCGCUUCCGAUUCGCGUAUUCGAUUAGAUCAGAGCAAAAUAGAAAUGGGCAUUGGUCAAUAGGGGCUUCAGUUUUCUCUGCCGCAACUAAGAAUCGGUUGCAAUGUGCGAGGUAGUUGUUGGGUAUUGCUAUACAAAUAGCUCUUCACUAGACAAUUUCAGGAGUGCUCGCUGCGAUGUUUGUGCAAGCUCAGACAAAGCGUGUGCGAUAGAAACUUCACUAGGUAUCACUUGUUCUUCGGAGCUCAAUAUUGACGAAAAAUUGGUCGCAGUUCGCUUUUUGACUGGGUUCUGUAUUACUGAUUUUAGUGAUAGAAAAAGCUUCCACUCAGUUUUGUCGAAUAUUCGGCCCGAGUAUAAUUUCUUAAAUCAAAGGCUAUUUUUCACGCAAAAAUGGGAAUAUCCUACAAUUGAUUCAACCAAUCGUAGUGUAAAUAGCUUUGAGAAAGCGAAUUCGUAAUGGAUCCACGAUCGAUUGAUUGACAGCUAACAGGCAACUGAUGUGCGGCGAGCACGUCCUAUGAUGAGCAAAUAC